AUGGCAAAAGCUAGGAAGCCUACAGAGAUCCAGACGGUGGGAGCGUCGGCGGGAACGUCGAAAAUCAAGAAGAAGAUGCGUGAUUUAGAGCGGCUGCUCCGCAAACCGGACCUCGAUGCCAACAAGAAAGUCGAGACGGAACGUGCACUAAGUGCGCUGAAAGGAGACCUUGAAACCGCCGAGGCGAAUAAUAAACAGAAAACUCUUGCUAAGAAGUAUCAUAUGGUGAGGUUUUUCGAGCGCAAAAAGGCGAUUCGCCGACUCAACCAAGCUGCUAAGAAACUGCACGAAGUACAGACCCAGACCGAUGCCAGUCCUGAAGAUAUCCGGGCUGCUCAGAAAAACUUCAACAAACGAGAAGCAGAAUACUACUACGUCGUCACCUUCCCCAUGAACAAAAAAUACGUGGCACUAUUUAUUUCCGAGGAACACACCGAGCUCCACAAACAGUACCUGUCGCAGAUCAAGCAACAGAUCAAAGACAAAACUCUGCCCUCUGGCCUCGAUGCCGGCAAACCCUUAGCAUUACAAUAUCGAGCAUAG